AUGGAGUUCAAGCAAAAACAUCAAACACGCGAAGGUGGUGAUACAUUAAUUCCGAAACGCAAGGGUCGAAAAUCCCCAAUCGUCCACCCCCUUGAACGUCCAAUUCCGUCGCAGCAACCGGGUGGACACGUCAAGCUGUGUGAGCUGCAAGGUGGGAAAAUACUUGGAACGAGAGCGAAGCAACAAAACUCCCAGGCCAUGAUUGACCAUCGGCAACACGGCCAAGACCGCAGCAUCGACGAGAGAACACUGCCCGCCAUGGCCUCCUCAACCACAGUUCCCGCGCCUCCAUCCUCUUCAUCUCGUCCGCACCUGUCCCUCCGCGGUCCAGAGCCGACCGUAUCAUCAUCUUCGCCGUCCGUUCCCUCCCUUCGUCUCCAUCCCGCCAGCCCCGGUCUCGAUUCCCCCGCCUCUCCGCCCUCUCCCACUCUCUCGAGUAGCAGCCGCAGCAGCAGUAACAGCAGCCAUGAACUCCUCCCCCCUGCUCCCGCUGCCACCACCGUAACAACAACAACAACAACAACAACAACAACAAGCCAUGCCGACGGCCGCACUACCCCGCUCUGGUCCCCGGACAGCGACGCGGCCGUCAACCCCAACCUCCCCGCACCGCCUCCCUACGCCCUUCGCGACGCGUUGUCGUCAUCAUCAUCAUCACCAUCAUCAUCACCAUCAGCAGCAGCAGCAGGAGGAGGAGGAGAAUCGAGACCCUCCUCCCGCGCCCGCACCCACAGCAACGAGGAAUCUUCUUCCUUCCCCCCCUUCACUUCCAUCCAGUCACGUCCAAGUACGGCAUCUUCCUCGGGAAAAGGGCGGACACGUCGCGGCUUCGGCCUCGGCUUCGGCUUCGACCUGGGCUCCAAAAACUCUCGCUCGGACGUCUCAAUGGGCCCUCACAUGUUCGGGGACCGUAAGCUCUUGGGCGUCGUUGCGUCGGAGGACCUCGCUGCGCGGAGGCGGAGGGCCCAGAAGCUCAAGCUUGGGCUCUUUGCUGGCGGUCUCUGUCUUGUCGUGAAGUAUGAAAAUGACAGACACCUCGUUGCUGCCAUCUGCUGGGUCAAUGGCGGAGCCAACAAAUAA